AAUCUGAAUCCUCUUCACAGAGAAAUCACUAUUUGUUUGUCUCUGCAAAUCCAGAGCAGAUGAUCUGCAUUGUCUCCUUCCACUUUUAAGCGUUCUUCACUUUCUCUGCUGUAAUGGUGGGUUCACCGGAAGAUUUCCCCGAUUCAAAUCCGCGGCUUGACUCCGGCGACGACCAGCGAGUCUACUUCGUUCCUCUCAGGUGGUGGAAGGAUGCGCAAGAUUCGACAUCAAGUGAAUCCGAUGGGAAAAUUGGGGUUUUGUAUACUUUGACGCCAGGGACUUCAUAUGCGGGUCCAAUGAAGUUGAUCAACAAUAUAUUUAAUUCGGAUCUUGCAUUCAAUCUGAGGAGGGUUGAGGAAUCUUUGCGGAAUGGGGAGAAUGGUGAAGUGGGCGUCUCUGGUCUGGAUUACGCAUUGGUUCCUGCAGAUAUGUGGUUGCAGGCACUUAAAUGGCACAGUGAUGCUAAAGUUGCAACCAAGAGUGGCAAAAGCUUUUCAGCUGCUGAGGAUGACAUGGGAGAUGUCUAUCCCUUACAGCUUAGGCUUUCUGUUCUGAGGGAAACAAAUUCACUGGCAAUAAAAAUUAGCAAAAAGGACAAUGCAAUCGAGCUCUUCAAAAGAGCCUGCAAAAUUUUCAGUGUGGAAUCUGGGCAGUUGCGUAUCUGGGACUUUUCUGGGCAGACAACCUUAUUUUUCGUACAUGAUAGAAAUAGUUUACUAAAAGAUUGUCAGCGUCAAGCAGAUCAGGAGGUUCUCCUGGAGUUGCAAGUUUAUGGGUUGUCAGAUUCUUUGAAGUUGAAAGAAGGGAAAUGUAAAGAAGGGAAAAAGGAUGAAACAUUAAUGAACCAUGCUCAAAAUGCUUCUUCAGGUGCUUUGCCUUUGAUGAAUGGUAGCUCUGGCAGUGCAAACUCAAAUCUGUUCCGUAAUAAUUCUUUAGCAAUCUGUGGAAAAUCUGGAGAAGCAGGAUCUUUGGGAUUAACAGGAUUACAAAAUCUUGGAAAUACUUGUUUCAUGAACAGUGCCAUUCAGUGCUUAGCACAUACACCAAAGAUCAUUGACUAUUUUCUUGGAGAUUAUGGUAGAGAAAUAAAUCAUGAAAACCCAUUGGGCAUGGAUGGUGAGAUUGCUUCAGCCUUUGGAGAUUUGUUAAGGAAGCUAUGGGCCCCUGGAGCAACCCCUGUACCACCAAGAACAUUUAAGUCAAAACUUGCUCGUUUUGCUCCUCAAUUUAGUGGCUUUAAUCAGCAUGAUUCCCAAGAGCUACUUGCAUUUUUGUUGGAUGGACUUCAUGAGGAUCUCAAUCGGGUGAAAAGAAAACCGUACGUGGAAGUCAAGGAUGAAGAGGGUCGACCCGAUGAAGAAGUUGCUGAUGAAUAUUGGAAAAAUCAUCUGGCUCGCAAUGACUCCAUCAUUGUUGAUGUGUGUCAAGGUCAAUUUAAAUCAACGUUAGUUUGCCCUGUUUGCAAAAAGGUCUCUGUAACAUUUGAUCCAUUCAUGUACCUGUCAUUACCUUUGCCAUCAACAACAAUGCGGACAAUGACUUUAACAGUUAUCAGUACUGAUGGAACUGCCAAACCUACUUCACAUACCAUCACCGUCCCCGAGUCUGGAAAAUUUGAAGAUCUUAUCCAGACUCUCAGUGUUGCAUGUUCUUUAGGGGUUGAUGAGACUCUAUUGGUGGCUGAGAUAUACAACAGCCGUAUUAUACGUUAUCUAGAAGACCCUGCUGAUUCUUUAUCCUUAAUCAGAGAUGAUGACCAACUUGUUGCUUAUCGAUUAACUAAAGACAGUAAUAAUGUUCCUUUGGUCAUAUUUAUGCAUCAGCAAAUGGAAGAGCAGUGUAUGCUUGGGACUACAAGUUGGAAGGCAUUUGGAGUUCCUCUUGUUGCAAGGCUUUCUAAUUGUAAUGGAUCUGACAUCCACAGUCUCUAUCUGAAAUUGUUAAGUCCUUUUGGACUGCCUGUUAAAGAUGUGUUGGAUGACUGCAAUGCCUCUGAGGGCACUGCUAUUGAAGGCAUUUCAGAAAAGGAGAAUGCAGGAACUUCUGUUUCGAAUGGGUUUGUGAAUACCUCUGGUGGAAAUUGGGUUGAAUCAAAUGCUGAUGCUGCAUUACAGUUUUACUUGACUGAUGAGAAGGGAGCAGUAAGGGAAUCAAAGAUAGUUAUGAAUGAGCUGGUAGAAGUGACAGGAGCUCCUAGCCAAUUGAAUGUACUUGUAUGUUGGCAAGAAAAACAUGUUCAACAGUAUGAUACAGGCCUUCUUAGCUCCUUUCCACAGAUUUUCAAGUCUGGCUCUUUUGCGAAGAGACCUCAGGAGUCUGUUUCUCUGUAUAAAUGUCUCAAAGCAUUCUUGAUGGAGGAGCCCCUUGGACCAGAAGACAUGUGGUACUGUCCAGGCUGCAAAGAGCCACGUCAAGCCAUUAAAAAGUUAGAUCUUUGGAGACUGCCAGAGAUUCUGGUUAUCCAUUUAAAAAGAUUCUCAUAUAGCCGGUUUCUGAAGAACAAGUUAGAGACAUAUGUUGACUUCCCUGUUGAUAGUCUUGAUUUGUCAAGUUACAUUCCCCACAAGAACAGUCAGUUAUCAAACCGCUACAUGCUUUAUGCUGUUAGUAAUCACUAUGGAGGUAUGGGAGGUGGCCAUUACACUGCAUUUGUCCAUCAUGGAGGUGACCAGUGGUACAAUUUUGAUGACAGCCAUGUUUCUCCCAUCAGCCAGGAGAAGAUAAAGACGUCAGCUGCGUAUCUUCUCUUCUACAGAAGAGUUGUAGAAUAAAUCAUUGGAGUUGUCUAGGUAUAUUUGGUGAAUACAUCAACAUUUUUGCCUCAUUAUUAGAAGAUUCCAUCUCUAUCAUUCUUUAGUAUUGGGCAUUAUUUAGUCUGAGUUGAUAGCAUUGCAGUGGAAAGGGGAUUGCAGGCUUAAGUAGGUUCAACAAUGACUGUAACAUAGUGUUAACGGGGGAGGUGAGAUUUGUGAGACAUGCUGAAGAGUAGCCAUUGGCAAAAGCGCAUGUCUCACCAUUUUUAUACUGAAGGGAAAUUUUGUAAGUUUACUGAAAGAGGUUGUUUUUCACCCUUUCAGAGGUGUAAUUUUUGUUUCUUGUUGAAGGAGAUGCUGAAUUAAAUUCAUAGCCAAUGGAUGAAAUAACUUUUGCAAUAUGCUCUUACUGCCUGUUUCACACUUUCUGGUAUGCCCCUUUUCAGCUUUUGUAGAGAAUGCUUUUGCUGGAAAAUUGCGAGGGUAAGAAAAGGUCAGUUUUACU